CAAGGCUCACUUUCAUUUUGGGAACCGUACGUGUUCGUCGUUCGUUUGAAAAGUUUGUGAACGAAAAAACGCAAAAAUUGUUCAAAAUGGCACCGAGAAAAGACAAUCAAACUACUAUCAAACCUACCCAAAGCGGAUCAAACACCAGCACCGGCAACAUUGUUCCAGAUCAAAAGCAAACUAAGAAGCCAAAAAGAAUCAUGUACGGCAAACAGCCGUUCAAGUCGCCAAACUCGUCAAAGGGGAUGGAAGAAAGUCGGAUAAUCUUUCUUCAGCACCUGCCGGAGGGCUUUUUCGAACAAGAGCUUAAUAGUUUCUUUUCUCAGUUCGGUACUGUUACUAAAGCGUUUGUCGCACGAUCGCUUAGCAGUAACCGAUCCCGAGGGUACGGAUACGUUGAAUUCGAAUAUGCAGGAGUUGCACGGAUUGCCGCAAGUGCCGUCAACAACUAUUUGAUGUUCGGAAAAAUUCUAAAGGCUUCAGUCGUACCGUCACUAAAUGGACGUAGAUUCCCAAGAAAACUAGCUAAGAUGAUGAUCAACACCUCACAUAAAAAUUUUUUGAAGUUUCGGAACCAUAGAGUUCUUGACAAUAAUGGAUUUGUCGGAGAUACCAGACGACAAAUGCGCCGUCUUCGCCGAGUGGCCAAAGUCCAGAAGGCGCUGGGUGAGUUGAAGCAGGCUGAAGUAGAACUGCCAGAUAUGCCACAGUGCUUUGCGGAGGUAACUCGAUUGGUACACACCAAUUCUGAUUCGAAGCCCGAAGACAUAAAACCCGUGAAUGUUAAGAAGGUAGAAGAGGAGCAAAAUGCAGAUAGCAGUGACGACGAAGAUACAUUUGUUCCAUUGAAACCCUCCGAUUGGGUAGUCACGGAACCAGAAUCCAUAAAAGACGAUGAAGAUACCACAGCUUCACAAACACUAGUGAAGGUCGAAAAGGAUGAAGGUAUGAAACGCAAAGCGAAGAAAACAGCUGGUGGAAAGGUACAAAAGAAAACGGAAAAGAAAAAAAACUUUUCCGAGAAUGCUAAAAAAUCAACAUUUAAAAGUCUCCGUACUGGAACAUCAAAGUAAUUAACUUUAGUUUGCUUAUUCUUCUGCGUUUUAAGCAUGUUAAUAAGUUUCUUUCAUUAAUAUGUGGGUGUUUGUAAAUACAUUCUGUAAUCGAGCUGAAGUACUACGAAGAUGAAUUAAUAAAAAUACCCUUUCCG